AUGGCGGUUACGGGGAGAAAAGCUUCUUCUUUUGGGGGAGUCCCCGCGGCUGGGCGGGAGGGGGAUGGGAUUGUAUAUUCGGAAUUGGAUAGGAUGAGGGAGAUUAGAGAUCGAGGGGAGGAGAUGAAGAAGAAGAAGAAGAAACAGGGCGCUAAAGAAGUUGAGGAGGAAGAGAAAGUGUGGGUUCAUUGGGAGAGAUGGGGACUUAGUGUUUGGUUGGUCAUCUUCAACAUCAUCUUCGCCAUCCCCGUCUCGUACCUCAUUGCCAAAUACGCCAUUCCGGCCCCCUGGCGCUGGGCGGUAUUUAUCCUCUCUCACCACGCGCUUCUCGCUUGUGCAUAUGAAUUCGCGAUGAAUGUGAAAGAGCGCAUGGUGGAAAUGGCGAUUAGGGAAGCAGAGGAGGAGAGGGAGUUGGAGCAGUGGGAUGAUGUGGUUGCGCAGUUGGAGGGGGUGUUGGAGGAGAGUAGGAGGAAUAGGAGGGUUAUGGAGGGGGUGGUGGAGGGGAUGGGUGGGGUGGGGGAUGAGGAAGAAUCUGAAGAGGAGGUGGAGGAGAGGAGGUAG